AUGUCUGCACCAAACGCAGGUCGUCAGUCGCCAGACCCUGAGCGUCAGACCGGCGCGCAGCAGCAAGAUCAUCCCUCCCAACCGGGCAGUGGAAAGCUCGAUAACUCUCAAGGCAAGAACGAAGGCAAAGAUGACCAAACCGCCGGCCUCACCAGCAACCCAACUCACAUCCUUCAAGAGCAUGCCGAAACAAAGACAGCCAAGGGUACAGGAGCGUCGUCGAGUUAG